GCCAGCCAGACCUACUUCGUUUGAUAAUAUCGGAUACUCUCUCUUCUCUGUUGCCGCAUGCCUCAGAACUAUCCACAACUACCUCAUGGACGGAAGCUGAGCUUCUUCGUUCCUUUUUACCGUUUGCAAUUGAUUUAGACUGCCCGAAUCAUUGGUUGGUACCAUUACCUCUAUUGUAGGAUUCUAUCUCAAACAAUGCCGCCUCCAAGCCCUCCCUCUCUCCCCACUAGCCCUCGACCUUAUCCUCAUGCUCCGCUGACCCCAAGUGGUCUUCGCCAGAGUCGUACCAUGUCAUCGUCCACUAUGAGCGAUGAUACACCAGAAAAUGCCGCUGGUGCUGGCCCUAGCAACCGACCAGAUACUCCCAAAGACCAGUUUGCCGAGACUUCUUCCCUCCUUCAUCACGAGCGCAUCCACGAUGGCCCUUGCGAUCACGGUACAUUCUCACCUCGCGCAACGAGCCCCCCACCGAGAUUCGGCAAUCCUGAUGCUGAUGCGGGAUCCGUGGAUGACUCGGAUGGCUCCACCCCUUCAAGCGAGACGUUGUUAAAAAGAAGCUGGAAGAAAACUUUUUCGAAUAGAGUCAAGAGCAAGAAAAUGACAACCUCAAGUAACCUAGCACACCAACAUGGAGUCGAGGACUCUUGGGGAAUGUAUUUGUCAUACUACAUACCAUUUCUCACGUGGAUUAGACAGUACAAGUGGUCAUGGUUAAAAGGCGACUUCACCGCUGCCAUUACCAUCGCCUCUAUGUACCUUCCUAUGGCACUCUCGUAUGCCGAAAAUCUGGCCCACGUCCCCGCUAUCAACGGCUUGUAUGCCUUUGCCAUAAAUCCCUUCGUGUACGCCUUGCUAGGAAGCUGCCCGCUUAUGGUUGUCGGCCCCGAAGCAGCUGGUUCUCUGCUCAUCGGUUCCAUUAUCAAAAACACUAUCGACCUCGGACGUGGCAAUGACGAUAACGCCGCCUUGCAAGCCGAGGUAGCUGGUGUGGCUGUUGGUAUAGCCGGCGCAACUGUCUUCCUCAUGGGUGUGUUCCGUCUCGGUUUCCUCGAUAGCGUCUUGAGUAGGCCCUUCCUACGGGGCUUCAUCUCUGCCAUUGGCGUGGUUAUCUUCAUUGACCAGCUGAUACCUGUUCUGGGACUAAACCGCGCCGCAAAAUCGGCCACGGGCGUUGCACACGGAAGCACCGUUCAAAAACUUGAGUUUGUGCUAACUCAUCUUGGCGAGCGGCAUAAUCUUACUGCUACUGUUGGUUUGGUGGGAUUUGUUGUUAUCAUGGUGUUUCGGGAGAUUAAGCGGCGAUUACAGCCACGAUACCCAGGAGUGGCAUAUUUCCCCGACCGACUUAUUGUGGUUGUGCUCUCCGCCGUCUUGGCAUGGUCCUUGAACUGGGAACAGGAAGGUGUACCACUUCUUGGUAAAGUCGAAGCAGCAUCUGGCCAUGUUUUUACCUUCCGCAAUCCUUUCAAGCUAUCGCAUAUGACUCAUAUUCGAGAUGCUAUGGGCACGUCCUUCUUGAUUGGUAUGCUGGGCUUCUUUGAAUCCUCGGUCGCUGCGAAGAGCUUAGGCGGCGAAGAAAUCAUCGAAGGGAUGCAGCUGAGUCCAAACCGAGAACUCGUAGCCCUGGGAGCAGCCAAUCUCGUUGGUUCGUGCUUUAUGGCUAUUCCCGCUUUUGGCGGGUACGGUCGAAGCAAAGUCAACAAGAGCACUGGUGGCAAGAGCCCCAUGAGUUCUAUCAUGCUGAGUAUCAUUACCGUCAUCUGCAUCAUGUUCCUCUUGCCGUGGUUCUACUAUCUCCCUAAACCUAUCCUGUCUGCCCUUAUCAUGACUGUUGCCUGGUCUCUCAUCGAAGAAGCGCCACAUGAUGUGUCUUUCUUCAUACGGAUCAAGGGCUGGACCGAACUUUCUCUUAUGGCUGUCAUCCUAGCUGUGACAGUUUUCUUUUCACUCAACUUAGGUAUCGCGAUUGGAAUAGGCCUAUCGCUUCUGCAGGUCAUCCGUCACUCUACUCGCCCCAGAAUCCAGAUUCUAGGGCGGAUUCCUAACAGCGAUCGCUUCGCUAACGCCGAAGAGCAUCCGGAGAAUCUUGAGUUUGUCGAAGGGUGUUUGAUCGUAAAGAUACCAGAGCCUCUGACAUUUGCGAAUACGGGUGAAUUAAAGAACAGGUUGCGGCGACUUGAGUUGUACGGCACCGGUAAUGUUCAUCCGGCUCUCCCGCGCUUGCGUCCGCAAGCCAGCAACCGAAACAUCAUAUUUGAUAUACAUGGAGUGACAUCUAUGGACGGCUCAGGUACCCAAGUUCUCGAAGAGAUUGUACGAAAUUACCGCGACCGAGGUGUUAGGGUAUUCUUCAGUCGACCCGUCAACCGAGAUAGCAGGGUAUGGGAAAUGAUGGAGCGAAGCGGCAUUGUCAGGCUUGUCGGUGGUAGACACCGCUUCGUUGAUGAUGUGAAGGACGCUCUACGCAUGACUGAGGUGGAGGAAUUUGAAGAGACUGGAGCUUGUGCGGCCGCCAGUGACGAAGUCUCUUAGGCAGAGACGGGACUGCGUACCGUGAAAGUGAAAGCCCCCGAUAAAAUGAUCCCGCCACGAUGUAAUAUAGCAUAUUAAAAGGUGGAUGUGUGUGGAAAGCACAAUGCGGUACGAUUGCUACGUAUGCCAUCACCAAGCUACAUAGAUCUAAGUGGUUGCCUGGUCGGCACUCAAGCCCAGAUAAUGGUAAUAUGGCUCUAGAAUACAAAAAUGAAUACAUUGCAUUCUUCGUUUUCUUUCAAU